AUGAUAAUCGAGCCUGAUCAACGACUCCCCAUAUCGGAACGAGAUCUACUCUCGUAUAUCUUUGACGAGGCAAAAACCUAUGAUCCAAAUGAACCGAUCUACGUCGAUACUAAGGACCCAACGCGGACAGUGUCCUUCAACCAAGCUCGAACCAUCAUCCGCCGUCUGAUCACCGGCCUGCGAGCGGCGGGUGUACAAGUUAAGGAUUGUGUCGCUAUACAUGCCUUCAACAACAUCCAUUACAGCCUCUUCGUCCUGGCAAUCAUCGGAACUGGUGGUGUCUUCACAGGCACCAACCCCUCCUAUCGGCCCUGGGAGCUCGAACAUCAUUUAAAAACCUCGAAGGCAAAGUUCAUUAUCACCGAGUCCGCCUGGUCGGACUCGGUGAUGACUUCAGCGCAGCAUGCCGGUAUCGGUCAUGACCACAUCUGGGUCUAUAAUCCCAACGGGGACGACAUCUUUCCCACUGGCCUGCAAUCCUGGACAACACUCUUGGACGAUGUCGAGUCGGACUGGCUGCGACCUAUCGCCCCGAAGAAAACCACGGCCGCUCGCUUCUUCAGCAGCGGCACUACCGGUCUUCCCAAGGCCGUGGAAAUCACCCACCACAAUCUGCUCGCUCAGCAUUGCCUCGUGUUCGAGGCACAUUCAAGACCGUACCGGAUGACAUUCCUCAUCGCUCUCCCCACCUUCCACGCCGCCAUAGCCCCCCUCGUUCACAUCGGCGCCCUCCGCUCUGGCUACAUCAUGUACAUCAUGCGCCGCUUUGAACUACCCCGAUAUUUCGACCUGAUCAAUCAAUACAACAUCACCGAUCUCAUCGUCGUUCCACCCAUGCUUCACGCCCUGAUAACAUCCACCCAUCCUAGCCGAGAAACUGCACUACGCAAACUGAAAAACGUAGUCUGCGGCGCCGCCCCUCUAUCCCGAGGCAUACAGGUUAAAGCGACCCGGCACCUUGCACCCGGAGUACCUUUGACGCAGGGGUGGGGCAUGACCGAGUCGUGCUGUGCGUCGAUGAUGUUCCCGUACCCGGAAUGUGACGAGACGGGGUCUGUGGGAAGACUUGUUCCAAAUAUGGAGGCGAAGCUCCUUGAUGAGAAUGGAAGACAGGUAUCCACCUCAAACACACCAGGCGAACUCUACAUCCGUGGGCCCACAAUCACACCAGGGUAUUUCGAUAAUCAUGUUGCGAACAACCUCACCCUUGACGCAGAUGGGUGGCUCCGAACAGGUGAUGUGGCCAUGUACGACGCGAACACGAGGAAAUGGUACAUUGUCGAUCGCAAGAAGGAUUUGAUCAAGGUGCGCGGUUUUCAGGUUUCACCAUCGGAGAUCGAGGCUGUGCUGUUGACGCAUCCGCAAGUGGGGGAUGUUGCUGUUGUGGGUGUUGAUAGCGGUAAUGGUGAUGAUGAUGGGUUGGAGAAGCCUCGCGCUUAUGUGGUUUUGACACCUGGAACGGGUGGUGUAUCUGAUAUGAUAUUGGAGCAGUACGUGGCGGAAAAUCUGGCAAGGUAUAAGCAGUUGACUGGGGGGGUGAGGUUUGUUAAGGCUAUACCGAGAAAUGCGAGUGGGAAGAUUCUUCGUCGAGGGUUGCUGGAUGGUGAUGGGAUUGAGAGGGAUGAGGAAGGGAUCAUAGUUAGGACUGGGGCUAAGUUAUGA